AUGCCCAACUCCUCCAAGACCAUCUCCAUCCACAUGCGCGACGCGCUGUUUGCCUGCUUUAAAGCAGCAACGACCCUUGUCCGGCCAGGCUUACGGCAGCAUGUUAUCUUAGUCGGAGCCGGGCUCAAAGACUUUACCGUCGAGGCCGACGGCAAGAUUGCGUUUGACGCACCUCAAGGAUUCCGAGUACGAAUGGAUGUCCUGGAGAUUGGCAAUGGCUGCAUCGAGCGCAUACACGCAACCGAGUCCUUCUUGGGGGGUUCGGUCGCGUCUACCUCAGACCUCCUCCGGCUCAGGGCAAAGACUGUGGUAGAGAGGGGGAGUGAUGGGGAAGUAGAUGACCUUCGGUGGUUACUGUUGCUUGCUGCAAGAAACGGCCAAGUCCUCCCCUUACUUGAUAACGAUGAGGUGGAGAACUUGGUUGGUGCUGCUGCUAUCUUGAUGUCAUUCGAUGUCUUGAUCUUGGUUGCCCUUCUUGGUGUCAACAAUAGCGCAGCUGCUGGGCAGCUGCUGGGCAAUUCGGAUCUCAGAGUAACCAUACCACCGUCCCACCAGAGCCCAAGCAACACAGACUACGAGUCGUUAGCCGAAGUCCACGAUGCUCUCAUCCACUGCCCCAACAUCACAUCACUCAACCUGCGUAUCGGAGAGAUCGGUUGUGUAGGAGAACCCGACCGCUGGAGCCUUCCUCUCGAUCCUGCCGGAACAUCACGAUAUCUCCCCGUACUGGACACACUAUCCCUCGAAAACCUUCGCACGUUGAGGCUGGAACGAAACACAACCGUAGACUUUGGCCUCUCUCUACCUCCGCAUUCGCUGCACAGCCUUUCAUGGCUAGACGCCGGCCAAGACCAGUCCAUCAUCCCCAUACUGGAACGCCAUGGACGCUCACUCACUCACCUGGAAUGGCGAACGCCAGAAAGCCUAGAGUCCAAAAGACCAGCACUUCCGAGUAAGGUCAUGCGAGACCUUCGCAACCUAGCACCCAAUUUGCAAUCUCUGACCAUCGACCUCAACCGCAACGGCACAUGGCCAUGGGAGGAUCUCCGCGCUCUCUCGUUAGGCCUCCCGGCUGGACUGACCAACCUCACGCUAUACCUCGAGAUCGCGAGCGAAUGCCGUCGUCAACAGGGCCCGUACGAUCCGGUCCGUUGCGAGGAUGCCUGCGGUCCGGUGGAGCAGCUCGCCAGCCCUCUGCUCACGGCGACGAGUGCCCUCCAAGUUGCGAGGUUCAUCCGACAUUACGCAAAGAGUCCGCUGGCCUCCAUCAACUUCUUCGCGGGCGAUUGGACGAGGCCGUGGGAUGGGCCGAUUAACGUGCCGACCUGGUUGGAUGGCAGGCGUUCUUGGGUUGCUUGCGGUACGAACGGCGGCGAGGAUGAGGAGCUCAGAUGCUCUGGGAUGGACACGGCAUUGGGCGAGCAUGAGAUUGAGCUCUUUCGGGCCCUGUGUGUACGAAUGUCGGCGGAUCUCUCGGAUGAUAUCACCGCUGGGCAUCCUCAAGACUUCGUGGAACAGCGCAAGAGUAAAUAA